AUGAAGGGGGACACCAGACCUCUCAAUGGAGAAGAGGAUGCCAGCGGGAGGGAAGACUCCAUUAUCAUCGUCAAUGGGACAUGCAGUGACCAGUCCUCCGACUCCAAGGACGCCCCAUCACCCCCGAUCCUGGAGGCUAUCCGCACCCCGGAGAUCAGAGGCCGCAGAUCGAGUUCUCGGCUGUCCAAGAGGGAAGUCUCAAGCCUUCUAAGUUAUGCCCAGGACCUGACAGGGGAUGGAGAUGGUGACGAGGAAGACAAAGAUGGCUUUGAUACUCCAGUAAUGCCAAAACUCUUUCGUGAAACCAGGUCUCGGUCUGAAAGCCCCGCUGUCCAAACCCGAAAUAGCAACAGUUCCUCCAGGCAGGAGAGGCAUUGGCCAUCCCCACGUUCCACCCGAGGCCGGCAGGGCCGCAAUCAUGUGGAUGAGUCCCCCGUGGAAUUCCCAGCUACCAGGUCCCUGAGGAGGCGGGCAACAACGUCUGCAGGUUCGCCGUGGCCAUCCCCUGGGAGCCCUUAUCUCACCAUCGACCUCACAGAUGAUGAUGUGACACCUCAGAGCAGCAGCACGCCCUACACCGGCCUAGCCCUGGACAGCCAGCAGGAGGGUGUGGAGUCGCCUCACGUGGAUGCAGAAAGAGAUGGAGAUAGCACUGAGUACCAGGAUGGGAAGGAGUUUGGAAUAGGUGACCUCGUGUGGGGAAAGAUCAAGGGCUUCUCCUGGUGGCCUGCCAUGGUGGUGUCCUGGAAGGCCACUUCCAAACGCCAGGCCAUGUCUGGCAUGCGAUGGGUCCAGUGGUUUGGUGAUGGCAAGUUCUCUGAGGUAUCUGCAGACAAACUUGUGGCACUGGGGCUAUUCAGCCAGCACUUUAACCUGGCCACCUUCAACAAGCUGGUUUCCUACAGGAAGGCCAUGUUCCAUGCACUGGAGAAAGCCCGGGUGCGAGCUGGCAAGACCUUCUCCACCAGCCCUGGAGACUCACUGGAGGAGCAGCUGAAGCCCAUGUUGGAGUGGGCCCAUGGGGGUUUCAGGCCCACUGGGGUCGAGGGCCUCAAACCCAACAACAUGCAACCAGUGGUUAAUAAGUCGAAGGUGCGUCGUGCAGACAGUAGGAACUUAGAAUCAAGAAAAUACGACAACAAGACUCGAAGACGCACUGCAGACGACUCAGCCACCUCCGACUAUUGCCCUCCAGCUAAGCGACUCAAGACAAAUUGCUACAACAACAGUAAAGACCGUGGGGAGGAAGAUCAGAGCCGAGAACAGAUGGCUUCCGAUGUUACCAAUAACAAAAGUAGUCUGGAAGAUAGCUGUUUAUCCUGUGGUAGGAAAAACACUGUAUCUUUCCACCCUCUGUUUGAGGGUGGCCUCUGCCAAACUUGUCGGGAUCGGUUCCUUGAGCUGUUCUACAUGUACGAUGACGAUGGCUAUCAGUCCUAUUGCACCGUGUGCUGUGAGGGCCGCGAGCUGCUGCUGUGCAGCAACACCAGCUGCUGUCGGUGCUUCUGUGUGGAGUGUCUGGAGGUGCUUGUGGGCUCAGGCACAGCAGCAGAAGCCAAGCUACAAGAGCCCUGGAGCUGCUACAUGUGCCUCCCGCAGCGUUGUCAUGGAGUCCUGCGGCGCCGGAAGGACUGGACCAUGCGCCUGCAGGCCUUCUUCACCAGUGACAUGGGCCGAGAAUACGAAGCCCCUAAGGUAUACCCUGCCAUCCCUGCAGCUCGAAGACGGCCUAUCCGAGUCCUGUCCCUGUUCGAUGGAAUUGCUACAGGGUAUUUGGUCCUCAAAGAAUUGGGCAUCAAGGUGGAAAAGUAUGUCGCCUCUGAAGUGUGUGAAGAGUCUAUUGCUGUUGGAACUGUGAAGCACGAGGGGAAUAUCAAAUAUGUGAAUGAUGUGCGCAACAUCACAAAGAAAAAUAUUGAAGAAUGGGGCCCAUUUGACUUGGUGAUUGGUGGAAGUCCUUGUAAUGACCUUUCAAACGUGAAUCCUGCCAGGAAAGGCUUGUAUGAGGGAACAGGCCGGCUCUUCUUUGAGUUCUACCACCUGCUGAAUUAUUCACGACCCAAGGAAGGUGAUGACCGGCCAUUCUUCUGGAUGUUUGAAAAUGUUGUAGCCAUGAAGGUUGACGAUAAGAGGGACAUCUCGCGCUUCCUGGAAUGUAAUCCAGUGAUGAUUGAUGCUAUCAAGGUGUCUGCUGCUCACAGGGCCCGAUACUUCUGGGGGAACCUACCCGGGAUGAACAGGCCCGUGAUAGCAUCAAAGAAUGAUAAACUCGAACUGCAGGACUGCUUGGAAUUCAGUAGGACAGCAAAGUUAAAGAAAGUACAGACAAUAACCACCAAGUCGAACUCGAUCAGACAGGGGAAAAACCAACUUUUCCCUGUUGUCAUGAAUGGCAAAGAAGAUGUUUUGUGGUGCACUGAGCUCGAAAGGAUCUUCGGCUUUCCUGUCCACUACACGGAUGUUUCCAACAUGGGGCGAGGUGCCCGUCAGAAGCUGCUUGGGAGGUCCUGGAGUGUGCCAGUCAUCAGACACCUCUUUGCCCCCCUGAAGGACUACUUUGCAUGUGAAUAGUUAUUCCCAGGUGCUAGGAGCACUGUGGUGCAGGGCAGAGCCAGGGGCCAGAACUUUAACCUGUUGUGCCCUUGUUCAUUUGUGUGGGGUCUCACUGUACCUCAGUUCUCUCAGUGAGAGCAGAGCUGCCCAACCAUCUCUCUUCCAUGGGGGAGCCCGAGGUGCUACCUCAUUGUGCACAAUUCAGACCUGGCUGCUUGGAGUGGCCAAACACGGUGCUCAUUUUCACUUGUAAAACUUUAAAACUUGAAGUAGGUAGUAUGAUGGCUUUCCCUUUUCCCUCUCCUGGGUUGACCACUCAGUAGCAAUGGCUAAGAUACCAAAACCACAGUGCCACAAUGCUCAGGUUGAUGCCAAAAAAAAUCACCCAAGACAGUUACUGCAAGACUAAUGUUUUUAAAUGUCUCCUGCUUCAUGUUUACAGGAGUGGGCAGCUGUAGACAAGUAGUUAGAAGACAUUUGAAGAGCCCAGGAUGUUUUUCCCAGGCCAGUAGAAGGGGAAAUGAGGUCUGUCUUUGCAGUUUACCCAACAUCUUUAUGUUGCCUCAGUACAGGGCUGUAGUUUGCUGACUGGGCCCAUGGAGUCUUUUCUAUAGAAAUGAUGAUUUCAGCAGGGAUGAUAUCAUCAUCGCUUUCAGGGCUACUUGGCCCCACAGACCCAAGUGAGGGGCCACCCUUAGUGACUGCAAUAGAACCCUCCAGGGAGCUCAGGAAGGGGUGGCCUGAGUUACAUAUGGUGCCCUAUAUUACAUAAGAACGGCUUCUCCAUUUCCUUCCUUCCCUCUGAGGGCCAUUCUGGAGGAAGCUUUUGGAAGACUCCUCAACCCUUGUCAAUAUCCCCUCUGAACUCCUCCCCAGGCACAGGUCCCCAGAUUAGAUGUCUGACACCCUAAUUCCUCAUCCUUCUAUAUGAGGAAGCAGGAACAAUUAGGGAAAAAGCACAUUCCUCACUUUCCUCUCAUCUAAGAGAUGGCAGGGAAAAAACACAAUAAAAGCUCAGGCCUCCCUCCAGAGAUUUUAAAGUUGUUUUUAAAUUCACAAUAUGACAUUUUAGUGAUCUGGAGGUGAGACAAGCUGCAUUUCAGAAAUGCUGUUGUAAUGGUUUUUAACACCUUUUAAUUCUUACUGGUGCUAUUUUGUACAAUAAGAAACAAUGUUGACAAGUUUGGUGCAGCUUUUUAAAUCCUUUUUUUUUUUAAAUCUCAGAUUCUAUUUUUAUUUUUUAACAUUUUCUUCAAAAUUUUUUUAACUGGAGCCACAUAACAAAUA